GCACACUACAGUCGCGCAACAUUGGCACAAGCGGCGAAGGAUGCAGCCGCGCAUGUCCGUUGCCAGCCGCCCGCCCAAGAGGUUCCAUGCGAUGCGCGGAGUCUUCGGCGCCUACUACCAGGACGCCGACGCGCUCGUCAAGCCGCGCGAGUCCAGCCGCGCCUCGGCGCGCGAGUCCAGCCGCGUCGUCGCGCGCGGUGGCAUUCCCCGGCACACGCAGCCCAGCUACGGCGACCACCCGCUCGCCUUCUUCGCAUCCGAGCCGCCGCCGCACUUUGCCACGCUCGAGCACGCGGAUCCCGUCCUCCGCGUACACCUCCAAACGAUCGAGACGAGCAUUUGCACGAUCCAGGAGAUCCGAAAUGACCUCGCCCCUUAUUUAUAACAUACCCCAACAACAACACGUGCUUUGUACCCCGUCCAUAUUGAAGCCGAUUCCG